AUGGGUGUGUACCUGUGUGCUUGUGUCUGUAUUGGCAAGCACUGGAAGGUUACAUGCCCAACUCUCAUCCUGCCAUCUGGUCAACCUCUUGGAUGGAUGGACGGACUCUUAGCAAUUCAUGACAACCCCUCAGCUGCUGCUGUAGACCUCAUCACCAUGCUGAGGGUAUCCACCGUCUCCAGCCAGCCAGUGUGCCAGUCUGUGCCCCUGGACCUGACACAGACCUCUGCCAUUGAUUCCUUUGGACUUUUGGGUCGCUUUAAAACACCGGGGCGAUUCCGCAGCAGGAAAGAGGAGCCGCCACGGGCUGGGGGAGAGGCGGGGCUGGCGGCAGACGCCCCCGGGCUCCGUGGGGCGGGCUGGGGAAGAGGCCCACGGGCUCCGUGGGGCGGGGUUGGCGGAGAGGCGGGGCUGGCGGCAGACGCCCCCGGGCUCCGUGGGGCGGGGCUGGGGGAGGGGCGGGGCUGGCGGCAGACGCCCCCGGGCUCCGUGGGGCGGGCUGGGGAAGAGGCCCACGGGCUCCGUGGGGCGGGGUUGGCGGAGAGGCGGGGCUGGCGGCAGACGCCCCCGGGCUCCGUGGGGCGGGGCUGGCGGCAGACGCCCACGGGCCCCCUGGGGCGGGCUGGGGGAGAGGGCAGGCCAGCGAAGGGGGAGCCGCUCCGAGGUGGGGUGGGCGGGAGCGGCCAGCUGCCCCCUAGGGAGCCGAGCCGGGGCUGGCGGACACGCCCGGCUCGCCCCGGGCACGGGCAGGCAGAGCCGCUGGGGAGCGGCCGCGCUCAGGCCGUCCCGCAUGGGGGCAGCCAGGGGCAAGGAGGGCGCCAGCCUCGCCCGGCCCGGGGGGGGGCGGCGGCGCUGCUCGCCCUGGCCCUCCAGAGCUGCCCGGGCGCCGGCCCCUGCUGGGGGGCGAACGGGACGCGGGGCUGCCCCCGGCCUGCCAGGCGGCCGCCCCCGGCUCUGCUGGACGAGCUGAGCCGGCGGCAGCGGGACCUGCGGCGCUUGGCCACCUCGGCCGGGCCCCGGGAGCUGGGGCUGAGCCGCGGCGGCCGCCUGGGCGGCGGGGACCUGAGCCGCGUAGCCGGGCUGGGCGUCGUGGGCUCCGGCUUCGCCAAGCUGGUGCUGCGGGCGGCGCUGCCGGGGGCCGGAGCCAUCGCCCUCAAGUGGGGGCGCCGGGCCGGCGGCGACGUGAGCCGCUGCGGGCAGCGCCACGGGCGGCGCCGGCUGGCCGGCUACAAGCUGCUCAGGGAGGUGACGCUGCUGCAGCGCCUCGGCCAGCCCGGCGUCGUCAAGUUGCAUGGUCAGUGCUACGAUAAUAGCUUAGAUCCUGAAAUAAGGGUCACAGCUAUGCUGGAGCUGGGAUCCCCUCUGGAGAUGAUUCAGCUUCUGCAGACUCCAUGGGAGGAGAGAUUUAAAAUUUGCCUGAGUCUAGUGAAACUGCUGUUUUACCUGGCACAUUCCUCUCUGGGUUCAAUAGUCCUCUUGGAUUUCCAGCCAAGGCAGUUUGUUAUGGUGGAUGGAAACUUAAAAGUGACAGACAUGGACGAUGCCAGCACUGAGGAACUGUCAUGCAAGAAAGAUAAUGACUGCCCACUAGACUUCCCUGUAAAAAGCUUCAUUCUCAAAUGUACUGCAGCUGGGAAAUGUGACGGACUAAAUGAAAAGAAGAAGCUUUUUAAUGCAUACCGGUAUUUUUUCACGUAUCUUUUGCCACACACUGCACCUUCUGCUUUGCGGCCCCUUCUGGGUGAUAUUCUGAAUGGAACAGGUGAUUUACGAUAUGGAAUAAAUGAAACCCUAGGAGCUUGUGAAAAAGUUUUACAUUUGUACAAGUCUGGGCUAUAUCUACAGAACAGGCUUCCUCUUUUAAAAGACUACAUCACCCUAAAGGGAUUCCGAACCAUGGAAAUGCAGGACUAUAAAUGCUGGCGCUCCUACAGCCAUCUGGGAUGUUUGCUCUCCAUUCAUAAUGCAGAGGAAGCUGCAGCAAUCUGUAACUCUCAACCACAAUGCCAAAGUUUUAUUGUCGCUCAACAGAGAACGUGGACAGGUUUUAUAAUGGAACAGAUGUGCGUCACAUGCUUCAUGUGCUAUUAGAAGGAGCUCAGCUACUAUGGACGCCCACUCGCUUCAUUUCAAAGUAGCCUGACUGACUUAAUACCAGAUGUUAAAGCUGUACUCUAUAUUAAACGAUCUGCUCCCUCGAGGAAAAGACUUUAAAAAACAGUGAGAGCUCACAUAAAGUAAUUUGGGUAGGAGUCAGUGGGGAGAACAUCAUCUACCAAAAGGAAUGAUACUUUUUAUUUUGCUUUAGCAUGUGAUCUCCAUGCUAUCUUGGACUGAGUAAAAUGGUGCUGUCUUUUUGAUCAAAGCAGAGAUUAUCCAUAGCCAAAUGCUCUCUGUUACACAACCCCACCUGGUUCUUAACCUGUUCCCAGACUCUGCUGUUCCCUGUAAACAUUUGCAGUUUUGGUUCAAAUGUUGUUGCAAUUUGCAGAACCUCGGCUUGCUGCUUUCAGAACUUGUCAGCAAAGGAAUAGAAAUGGCCGUGAGGAAUUUGGCUGUAGUAGUCCUAGUUAGUUCAUCUGUCUUUGAAAAUCUAUGAAUAAUGCACCUCUGAAGAACACACAGCUCCCCAAUGAUGGGGCUGCCAAAAGGGAUUUAGUAACAUCAUAAAUGUAAAGAUGUUACGUCCAUACAUUAGUGAUGAGGCCCAAGGUGGAGUGUUUGGAUCCAGAGCCAUGAUUUUGGAUCUGCCCAUGGGGGUGGGAGGCAGGAAGUCUAGGUAUGCAGUUCAGAAUGCGGGGUUUGGGUUCAGUCCAUUGUGCAGGGUAAGGGGGUAGGCGCGUGAUUCAGAAUGCAGGGUUUGGGUUCAACCCACUGGGGGAAGGAGGUAUGCAGUUCAGAUCCAGGGUUUUGGUUCAACCUGUAACAGGGCAGGGGAGUAGGUGUGCAGUUCAAAUCCAGAUCUAAAAUUUGGGAUGUUUGGAUGCAGGGUUUGGGUUUGAUGUGUGCAUUUUAAAACACCAGUUUCCUUGUAUCAGCCUUGAAGGUUGUGCAGUGUUACUUUCAAUGAAAGAAAUUCUGCUGAGCAAAAUGUUCAAAAUAUUUGUCUGAAGUUCUAUUUUGUAUCAUAAAGAACUGCUAUUUUCCUCUUGACAAUGAGGUGAAGGGGGGAGGGUGGUUUUAUUGCUUUGAUGAGAUAAUAUAUUGCAUUGGCCCUCUGCGCGCAGUUCCUCUGAAAGGCUUCAGGAUUUCUACGCAUUUUAAACUGCAAUAAAUGGAGAU